AUGACAAGCCUUGAAUUACAAACAACUGAAAAUUUAACUCAUCACGAUGAUGAUGAUAUCGAUGACGAUGAUGAUCAAUUAAAUUCUCAACAUAAAAUUGUGCCACUUGCAUCAGAAACUAAUAAACAAGAUUCUUUGAAAAAAACGACAAAUCAAUCUAAUUUCGAUGCGGCAAAUUUAAUAAAAACUGAUAUAAAAAAAUAUGUGAGUACUACAAUUCCAGAAGAUCAUUCAGGAUUUAUUCAUUGUCAUGUAAAACGUGAAAAAGAAGGUCGUACAAAAGCUUUUUCAACAAUAUAUUAUCUGUAUUUUGAUGGACAAACGACAGAUGAUCAAUCUUUACUUCUAAUUGCAAGAAAACAUUUUGCAGUCGGUGGACAUUCAGAAUAUUUUAUUGGAUAUAAUGUAGAUAAUCCAUCAAAAAAUCUCAACGAAGAAAAUUCAAUUGCAAAAUUAAAACGUACGACGAAUAUUGGACAUGAAUAUGUACUCUAUGAUCAUCAAAAAACUGGUAAACCACAAUUGGCAGCUAUACUUUAUGAAAAACAUUUAAUUGGAAAAGGUCAUCCAAGAAGAUUAGUUGUAUUAUUACAUGAUACUGAAAAAACGACUCGACAAUUAAAAGAUAAUGAAACUAUAAUUGAUGAAUGGGCAGCUGGACAUUCAAAUGAUUUAAUGCAAUUAAGAAAUAAAAUUCCAACAUUUAAUGAAGAAACUAAAAGUCAUCACCUGACCUUCGUUGAAAGUCGUGUAAUACAACCAUCACAUAAAAACUUUCAAUUAGUUAUGUUAACCACAAAUAAUGCAGAACAUAUUGUUAUGGAAUUUGGUCGUAUUGAUGAAAAUAAUUUCGCUCUUGACUAUCGAUAUCCUCUUAGAGCUACGGAAGCAUUUGCUAUUGCAUUAAGUUGUUUUCAUAAUCGAUUUACUACUUAA